AUGAAGCUUCUCCCCUUAUUAACGGUACUCGGCACAUCGACAUAUGGAGCUUUGGCAUGGGGAAGUCUCGGUCACGUCACGACAGCUUACCUAGCAAGCCACUUCGUCUCCAACACGACCGAAGCCUUCUUCCAGGAUCUCCUUCGUGACGAGACGAGCGACUACCUCGGCAAGGUGGCCACCUGGGCCGACACCAUCCGCUACACCCGCUGGGGGCGCUUCACGAGCGUCUUCCACUUCAUCGACGCCAAGGACGAGCCCCCGAACUACUGCGGCGUCGACCUGGCCCGCGACUGCAAGCCCGAAGGCUGCGUCGUCACCGCCCUGGCGAACUACACGGCCCGGCUCCUCGACCCGGCGCUGCCGGCCUGGGAGCGCAACCAGGCCGCGCGCUUCGUCGUCCAUUUCGUCGGCGACAUCCACCAGCCGCUGCACGACGAGAACGUCGCGCGGGGCGGCAACGGCAUCCACGUGCUGUGGCAGGGUCGCCAGUUCAACCUCCACUACGUCUGGGACAGCGCCAUCGCCGAGCGGCUGAUUGGGGGGAGUCGACGGAAGCCGUACGACAAUGCGAGGCGGUGGGCGGAAGAGCUUGCCGUCGAGAUUCGGGAGGGCAAGUUUGCCGACGAGAGGGAGGGAUGGCUGAAGGACGUCGACGUUGAUGAUGCGACGGAGACGGCACUGGCGUGGGUGCGGGAAGGCAACGCCUAUGUCUGUUCACACGUAUUGCCAGAAGGUCCUCUUGUUAUCGAGGGACAGGAACUGAGUGGGGAGUACUAUGAAAAGGCGGCUCCCGUCAUCGAGUUGCAAGUUGCCCGUGCUGGGUACCGGAUGGCUGCCUGGCUUGAUCUCAUCGCGAAGCGGUUCCAGGAACAAGGAGCCGACCGGGUUGAAGGUCCUUGGGAGGAACUUUGA